ACAGCACGUGGAUCUCCCACAGCCUCUGCUCACAGCUACCAUGAAGGUCUCCGCCGCCGCCCUCGCUGUCAUCCUCGCCAUGGCUGCCCUCUGCGCUCCUGCAUCUGCCUCCCCAUAUGCCUCGGACACCACACCCUGCUGCUUUGCCUACCUCUCCCGCCCGCUGCCCCGCACCCACCUCCGGGAAUAUUUCUACACCAGCAGCAAGUGCUCCAUGGCAGCAGUCGUCUUUAUCACCAGAAAGAAUCGCCAGGUGUGCGCCAACCCAGAGAAGAAAUGGGUGCAGGAGUACAUCAACGCUUUAGAGUUGAGCUAGGAUGAAGG